CCGCCGGGAGUCCGGGCGCCGCAGGUUACACUUCUGAGCGCCUUCUGCGUUACACUUCUGAGCGCCUUCUGGAAGCCACAGGGCAGCGGAACCUGUGCGAGGAGCCGGUGGAGGGAGAGCAGGCAGGCCCAGCUUAUGUGCCAGCCCAGUGACAGACAUAAAAGCGUAAAUCAGGCUGAGGAUGGUGCGUCCGGGCGCUCACGUGUAUGUAGACCCACCGGCGUGUCUUUCUGCCGUGUGGGUACCUGUAGUGUGAGUGGCUCUGGGCGUGGCUGCUCGUAGGACGUUCAGUUUCUGUAAGAUUUAUCUCGAGGGGCCUACCUUUCCCUGGCUCCAGAGGGGGAACGUAAGAAGUUUAACGGAGCCGAAUCUAAGCAGAUUAAGGGAACAGCGGCUGGGCCGGAGAGGGUGCGGACUGCAGGUGCUGAGGGGCUAGGAAACCACGUCUUUGCCCCGUCUCCCCCGGCAGAAAGGCCUUUCGGCAAGACUGGUGUGACAAAGGUGGCCCUGAAGUGUUAGAGAGCCCGGGCAAUUAUGAUCGCUGAGUGAGUGGCCCUGGGCUGAGCCUCAGCAGUUGACUGAUAGAAAGGGAUGCUAGCAGUUAGGAAGGUAAGGAGGAAACUCAGGAUGGGGACCAUCUGCUCCCCCAGUCCCAGCGGGACAAAGACAUUGGAGGUCUGCAAUGCUGACUGGAUGGCCUCGCUCCCUCCUCUCCUCCACAACGUCCCCCUUUCCAAUCUGGCAAUCCCAGGCUCCCAUGAUUCAUUCAGUUACUGGGUAGACGAAAAGUCCCCAGUGGGGCCUGACCAAACCCCAGCUAUCAAACGCCUCGCCAGGAUCUCCUUGGUAAAGAAGCUCAUGAAGAAAUGGUCUGUGACUCAGAACCUGACAUUCCGAGAACAGCUGGACGCUGGGAUCCGCUACUUCGACCUGCGUGUGUCUUCCAAGCCAGGGGAUGCCGACCAGGAAAUCUACUUCAUUCACGGGCUUUUUGGCAUCAGGGUCUGGGAUGGGCUGAUGGAGAUUGACUCGUUCCUCACACAGCACCCCCAAGAGAUUGUCUUCCUGGAUUUCAACCACUUCUAUGCCAUGGACGAGGCCCAUCACAAACGCCUGAUUCUCCGGAUCCAGGAGGCCUUUGGGAACAAGCUGUGCUCAGCCUGCAGUGUGGAGAGUAUGACGCUCCAGACGCUGUGGGAGAAGAAGAGCCAGGUUCUCAUCUUCUAUCACUGUCCCUUCUACAAGCAAUACCCCUUCCUAUGGCCUGGAAAGAAGAUCCCCGCGCCCUGGGCAAAUACCACAAGUGUGCGCAAGCUCAUCCUCUUCUUGGAGACCACGCUGAGUGAGCGCUCUCCCCACGGAUCCUUCCACGUGUCUCAAGCGAUCCUCACGCCCAGAGUGAAGACCAUCGCCCGGGGCCUGGUUGGCGGCCUCAAGAACACGCUGGUCCAUAGGAAUCUUCCUGCCAUCCUGGACUGGGUGAAGACUCAGAAGCCUGGAGCCCUGGGUGUCAACAUCAUCACGUCUGACUUCGUGGACCUGGUGGACUUUGCCACAGCUGUCAUUGAAUUGAAUGACCUCCUACAGGAGGAUAGAGCUUUGGCUAAAUGCUGAUUUAACUUGUUAUUUAACUUAAUAUUGAAGUUGUUGAUCCAGGCUAGAGUUCUGAAGGGUUUCUUGUUAAGUUGGCACCUGGGCAGUGAUGGUGAAGGGAGUCAGAGGAGGGGAUAUUUUUUUUUCCCCUCCUCACAGGGCCAUUUGGAUAAAAUUACAGGGCUUUUAAUUGCAUUUUUCCCAAAUGAGACUUUGUGAAAACUUAAGUCCGAGGGAAGAAAGCUUGUUUCAUGUGAUCAAGGUCAGCAUCUCCCCAACGGCAUAUGAUGUUGAAUGUAAUAUGGAAGUGGGGUUUCCAGGUUCCACUGGGGUAUUGAGUGUCCCCUAAUUGGCCCAGUUCCCUGUUGUCUUCUGGGAUGUUGUGUUGGAGGCAGAGAGAAGGCUGAAGCAGAAGGGCAUUCCAAAGGAGGGCUUGUGGCAGGUGUGGACUGCCCUGUGCAGUGGCUCUAUCACCAGCCUGGGGCUCUGAGGGGAGAAAGGCCAAGCACCAGUUUUCUCUAAGCGUGUUAAACGUCACCACUUCUUCCCCAAGAGUAAGACGUAUUUAUCACCAAGCUAUUUCAGCCACAAGCUGUCUUGCAGUGCUUGUGCUGGUAAUUGGUCAUCUUCAUUCUUUAGAUAAACCGUGCGUACUGUCCUCGGUAUCAGAAACAAGUGGGUUUGGAGCUGUUCUGUAACUCCUUGAAAACAAGACUACCUCGGGGACAUUUAGGAUGAUGGUGUGUCAUCCCGUGAGAAAUACACAGUGUUGGAACACUUCCAGUUUGUGUCUUGAUUGUUCUACUCUCUGCAGGUUGUUUUGAGCCUACUAAUCACCGCUGAAGGAGAGCUUUGAAACUCAAGAGGGGAUUUUUUUAUUAUUAUUGAUAAGAGGUGCUUAUCUAUAAAGAGCCCUCUUGUGUUUUAUUUAUUUAUUUAUUCUUUUAUUUAUUUAUAGGUUAAGUAUCUUCAGUGCUUCUUACCUCAAGAGCACUCACAAAGGAGCUUCCUGAACUUUUCUCACCCAGGCCAGAUGCUGCCACGGUCCUCCUCCCCUCCACAGGACCACGCAUCUCAGGACCAUGAGCGACCUCUGACUCUACUAUAGAUGCUGUAGACGUCCUGCCCCCCACCCCAGCCCAUCACGCUGGGGACGGUGUUCGUGUGUGGGUGUGGUCCAGACCCGAGAAGCCACUACCAAGCCGUGCACUGGAACAGAAGAUGAAAUGGGUCAUGAAGAGCUCUCGGUUUUUAAGGAAAACCCUCUAGAAGAGCGAUGAAAAGGAAGGUGCUAGAAAGAACACUGGCCACGGGAGUGUGUGUACUUCAGUGCUCCUCAGAACUCUCUGAGAAUCCCUAAGGAAGUGUCGUCUUCUGGAUCCUUAAGGCUGAAAGAUAACACGGAAUCCCGGACGGCUGUGUGCCUUUAUACGGAUGGUUGGACCACCUCCCAGCAGCUUCCCACACCUGUUCUCCGAUGCUCAUGGCUGGAUUUUGCAUGUUGCCUGCCGUGGGGGUGUCCUAGCUGAGCUGCUAAGAGCACAUGCACACCCCCGACACUUGGUCUUCCAGCCUUUACAUUGCUUAAAGUAAUUUAAGCCCCAGCCGAGGACGUCACAACGCAAAGGCCUCUGGUUUAACUGUUCCUUCUCUUGCAUUUGAAUCCGUCUCCAGAGGUGGUUCUGGGAUUUUAUUGUCAGUUUUUUGAGGGCCUUCUCUGGAAAGGAGUGAGAAAGUGAGUACCCUCACUUUCUUAAUUUUCCUUCGAUUCUGAUAUUAAACUGCAGUGACAAGCUCUGAAAUUCCCUAGCCUACCCUCAGGGUUUUAUUUGUGUUGUCAUUAUUUCAUUUUUGUCUUGAUUUUAAUACUUGGUCAAUUGCUAGGGGCUAGAUCAUUUCCCUUCUUCAAGCCCUUUGUUACUUGGCAAAGAGAUAUGGAGGCAAGAGGAGAAUUAUUCUGCUCUGUUUUACUUGAGCCUUAGCUUUGCCCAGACGCUUGGUGCUAUGAGGCCAGGUGUGUUGACAGGUAUCUACACAGGAUGCCAGUGACACCCAAGGGCUGCUGACUAUUCAGUGAAAUGUUUACUUGAUUUUCUCCUUUAGUGUUAAAAUAUAUCGUUGCACUUCACUUGGGUUGUAACAUUUAAGUGCACCUCGAUGUUCAUGAUGAAAAAGCACAGAAAACCACACCAAGGUCGCACGCAUGGAGUCUUGCUUUUUGUGGAGGGGCCAGGCGCUCACUCCUUCCUGCUGCUUUGGGUUGCCAGCCUGGCCUGCAUUCUGAAAUUCUGCACAGGAGUUCUGGAAGAUAGGAGGAAGAUUAUUUACAGUUCACCCUUGGUAAACACCCCUGAAUUGGCAGAAUUUCUGCCCCAAGACAAAGUUGCUUAAUAUAUUGUAAAGGAUGUGUGUGUUCUGCUCCCUGACCUCAGGCCAAGCAGGAGACUCAGUGAUGGGACCGGGGGAAGAGACACUUUAGGUCUAUGACUCAUUCUGCAACUGCCAACAAUAAAAAAUUGUGACCUGAUCACAUCGCUUAUUCUCACAAGGUCUUGGGAUUUUUUGGAUCAAACAAGGCUAUCAUAUUUGCUCAGAAUGAACUUCAAGAUCAGUGAAAAAGCUACUUGAUUGAGCAAAAGAGGACUUUAGUUUCACAGGAUUUGGGGCCACAUUCAUUCUGAAAUGUAGACUGAGAUUUUCUUGGGCUCCCAGGACCACUUCCCACAUGGCCACACCUCCAUGGCUUCAUGGCAAAGGGGACAGUCACAGGUUGCAGUUAGAGUAGAGCAGUGUUUAAAGGCUUGAACUUUGAGCCUUUUAGAGGUACCACUGUGGUUUCAUGGGUACAGAAGAUAUUCUUAGGAUUGGAGAAAGAGGUCAAGAUGGAAUUGAUGGAAGGGAAUGAUAAAUUAUUGAAUAUUAAACUUUAAAUUAAUGGCAGAUCUAAAAGGGUUAUGCCAAAAAUAUUACGUAUUUGCUGUAUGAGACUCUAUAGUAAUUAAGUGUAAUUAUUUUCCUUAGUGCUGAGUCCAGACCCCUGCAUUCUUGAGAACAGUUAAGCCAUAGCCCCAACCCAGGAUUUUAUAUAAACGCAAACAAAAACACAAGAUCUGAGCCCAGGUAAUGAUCACCCUUAAGAAUCCUACUUCUUCUAACAUGACCUUAUAUUCUCAUCGAAAAGUUUAUAUUUCUAGGGGCUUCCCUGGUGGCGCAGUGGUUGAGAGUCCGCCUGCCGAUGCAGGGGACACAGGUUCGUGCCCCGGUCCGGGAAGAUCCCACAUGCCGCGGAGCGGCUGGGCCCGUGAGCCAUGGCCGCUGAGCCUGCGCGUCUGGAGCCUGUGCUCUGCAACGGCAGAGGCCACAACAGUGAGAGGUUUGCGUACCACAGAAAAAAAUGUUUAUCUUUCUGUUCAAUAAGACAAUGUAGUGGAGCAUUCUGGAAUUAAAUGCAUUUCAUGGUGGGUCAGGAUUUUCUACUUUCAUUUAUUCUGAAGUGCUGCCCACAGAGAUAUUAUUAUUACAUACAAUCCAGCUAGGGGGCUUAGUGCUAAACUAAAGGUGGAGAAACAGAAGAGAUUAAGCCUGAGACGAAACUUUUGCUUCCUAGGAAGCAAAAGCGUGAUACAAAUUUAGGCCAUCUUACAGAAUUAGUUCAUGCCACAGAUGAAGUUUCUGUAAUGGCCUUCAUUGGCUAAUUGCAGACUUGCGCUGAUAGGUUCUGGGAAAUGGAACGGGCUAAUGAUGGGAGCACAGCCAUGAGACCCCCCCCUCCCCUUGCAGAGCAGAGAAGCGAUCCUGGACUGAAUCUGCCUUGGGUCUUUCAUCUGGAAUAAAAAUGCUGUCUGCUGUUUUGCAAACCACACUCAACUAGUUCCCCCAAAACAUCAGGUCCCUAAUAAUUAGGUUAAAUGCCUGUGUGCAGAGCGUGUACAGGGGCAGUAGUCUUCCUUGUGUGAGAUGUGUAGAGAUGUGUAGAGAGCUCAUUUAUCAAGAGAGUGGCUUAGGACGACAGACUUGUCCACCAGUGGCACCUUUAGUGACCCGUCAAAUGAGAUGAGUGGGGCUGAAAGCAAUAUCUGAGCUAGGGAGGUGAGCUUUCCCAAAUACAUGCUAAAUAGUCACGUUAUGCCAAAAGGAAAUAAAUAGAAACUGAAAACAUAAAACGUCCAAACUGACAGGAAGUUUAUAUUGUAUGGCAUAGAACGUGGCUGUCCCCCUAAAUUCCGCCAACUUCCCUGUACAUCUAUCUCACCCCUCUGCCUCAGACUGCUUCCUAAUAUCUGCUACCAGAGCUGUGUCAACUCAAAUGUUGCCUUGGGACACACAGGAGUGAACUGAUUGGGUGAUAAGUGAAUUAGCUGGAAACUUUACCCUUAAUUCCAAAUGAUAGUGAACAGCUCUUUACUGCUCCGAGAGCUCCACUGUCCCCUUAUCCUCUGGCUUCCCCAGAGUCCUACUAGAAAUAAUGACACUAAUGGCACUGUCAUCACUGAAUUGGCCCUAAACCAGGGGAAUAGUGUACAAAAUGCUAUUGAUGUUGUUGGCACAGUCUUAGACACUAAAAGUAUCCUAAGAUAACGCUCUCUAUCCUGCAGUGGAUAUAGUGUUCUAGUCUUUUCUCCAACAAAACUUGUUCUUAGGACUUUUCAAACUUGUUUCUAAGCCUCAUAGUUUGGAUAAAAUAUUUUCCUUCCCUUCACUGGGAAUCCAAUCCCACAGUCUACUGAGUACCUCCCAUCAAUAGUCUAGAGGCAUUUUCCAUAUCUUUCCCUCUCAUCUCCGUCAUGGAAUACACCACUGCCUCCUCUUGUCUCCUGGUCACCCUUGACCAGCUGCUGAUUACUGUUAAUCACAGGAUGCUGGCAAAACUUACAAUAAAAAGCACAUACAUUCAAUGAUGUGCAAAUGCACUCUUACCACAGUGGUUUUUGCACUUUACUCUCCUCAAAGGCAUUAUUCUGCACCCCUACUUGUACCCCAUCAAUAGAACUUUACCUGAUUGGACCCCAGACCUGGGGCCAGUACUUCAUUCAAAUAGUUGGGGCUUGUCACAAACUCUGAGCCCAACGAGAAGCACAGCAUUUUGAAAAGACAAAUAAGCCUUCCGUAGCUUUGUACAUUUGCAGUUUUACAUUUGUUAUUAGGUUAGAGCACUAAUAACACUUCAGUCAUAAAUCUAUCGUAUCAAUAUGAUAAAUCUUAUAACAUAUUCUAGAAACAGUGGUACCUUACUGCUAUUAUACUUACUAAUUUCCACCCUAAUGGUAAUAAGUAUUACAUGCAGAUCAUGUAUGCAUUAUUUGUGUUGUGUAUAUGCCAACUGUAAUCAUUAACCUCACUGAUUAGAAGGUACAGAUUGUCAAAGUGAAAAUAAAUCUUGGUCAAUUCAGAUGAUAAUGUAAACCUGAUAAAUGCUCUGUUAGAUAUUAUAUUUUGUUCUUUAUGCUUGUUUUAUAUGACAAUGCAUGCUGUUUGCUAAGUAAAAAAAUAAUACAUUAUACCAAUUUUUAAGGUUAGAAUGAGAAUUUUACAUAUAUGCUGCUUGAUACUCUGAAAUGCAUUUUGUGGCAUAAUUAUCUUAUUCAUAUGCAUUUCACAUGGCUUUUUUCCCCCUAGGAAAUAAUUGUUCAAAUAUAUCUCUCUCCAUCUUUCUGGUAACCUGGAUUAAACUGCUUAAUUCAACCUAAAACAUUGUAAAGCCAGAGUACCUCAUUUUAACUGUGAAAAAAGUUUAGUAGAUAUGAUGACAUGAUAUCUUUUCUUGUAUUUGAUUUGAACUACCUAAAUAGGCUUAAACCUAAUAAUAAAUAUAAAACUUUGGCAGGCACUUUUCCUUUGUUGGUAUGCAAAUUUUAUGAUUGGCCCACUUCUAAUUUUGUUUUAAAAAGUUACUGACUCAACGUCAGUAAAAUACCUGAUUGGGCU